CCGCUUCGUGUGUCAUUAAGUAACUGAGUGUCGGUCGUCAUAUUUAUUAUUUUCUGAAAGAUAAAAAUCAAGAAACAAUAUGGGUGAACUCACAGGAUUAACAAACAGUGAAGCACGUGAACUUUGUAAAAAACCUGACCCAGCAACAAAUGGUUACAUAAUGCAGCAAACAAUGUAUCGUAUUAAAGAUCCAAGAAAGUCACUACCAUUUUAUACUGAAGUACUUGGAAUGCAAUUAUUACAGAAACUUGAUUUUCCCGAAAUGAAAUUUUCUUUAUACUUUUUGGGAUAUGAAGAUCCAAAAGAUAUACCUACUGAUAAGAGAGAAAGUAUUGAAUGGACAUUUAGUCGUAAAGCAACUAUAGAACUUACUCAUAACUGGGGCACAGAAACUGAUCCUGAUCCUAAAUAUCAUAAUGGGAAUACUGAACCUCGUGGAUUUGGCCACAUUGGAAUCUCAGUACCUGAUGUAGAAAAAGCAUGUGAAAGAUUUGAAAAGUUAAAUGUGAAUUUUGUAAAGAAACCUAAUGAUGGUACGAUGAAAGGACUUGCUUUUAUUAAAGAUCCGGAUGGUUAUUGGAUUGAAAUUUUAAACCCAAUAAAUAUUGCAAAUUUAAUACUUAGUAUGGUAGAAGAUAAAAAAUAUGAAAUUGACAGCCGAAUUGAGUGUGAUGGACAUCAAGGUACAUUAAAGUAUGUUGGUCCUGUUGGGGAAACUAAAGGUUUGUGGCUUGGUAUAGAUUGGGAUGAUCCAACUCGUGGAAAACAUAAUGGUACAUAUGAAGGAGUAAAAUAUUUUAAAGCUAGGUAUCCUACAUCAGGUUCCUUUAUACGCCCAGGUAAAGCAAAAUUUGGAAUUUCUUGUCCUGAAGCUAUUAAAAUUCGCUAUGGACUCAUCAAUGAUGAAUUAGCGGGCAUUGACAGGGACACAUUAACAAGUUUACAAAAAGAAAUUAAUGCUCCUUUUUUGGAAGUUGUUGGUUUUUCUAAAGUAAAUAAAAAACAAAGUAAAUUUGAUCAAUUAAAAAUAGUAUGGUUGAGAGAACAGUGUGUUAGCACUGCUGGUAAUCCUGGUGAAUUAAAAGAACUAUGCCCAAAUUUGGAGGAGUUAGAUAUAUCUAAAAAUUUAAUAAAUCAUUGGCAAAUUGUAGCAGACAUCUGUUGUCAGCUUCAUUGUCUUGUUCGACUUAAUGUAAGUGAAAAUUAUUUACCAACUGAAGAAAAUAUGCAAGUAUUAAAAGAUUCAUUUUUGAUGAUUAAGUAUUUAACCAUAGCAAAAAUGAACUAUAAUUGGUUUGAUAUUCAACAAUGUAUGUGUAUGUUUCCAUCUCUUCAAGAACUAUCAGUUUCUUUCAAUAUUCUUAAUAUCAUACAAAAGCCAAUAAAAACUGACAACAUAAUGAAAAUAUGUAAAUUAACUCUCGAAGGAAAUUUAAUAUCAAGCUGGGAUGAAAUUCUUAAAUUAGAUUCAUUUUCAUGCUUAGAGUAUUUGAAUUUAAAUUCAAAUAAAAUAGAUAAAAUAAGGUUUCCAACUGUUGAACCAACAGCAAAAACUACAGCCUUCUUUAAUUUGCGGCAGUUACAUAUAUCACAAAACAACAUAUCAGAGUGGCAGUCAAUAUCAGAAUUAGAAAAACUUAAUAAUUUAGAAGAUUUGAAAUUUAGAGAAAAUCCUAUUUUGAAAAAUGAAAAUUUGGAGACUGCACGUCAGUUAAUUAUAGCAAGAAUUUCAAAAUUAAAGUUUUUAAAUGGUACUGAAAUUUUAUAUGAUGAAAGACGUGGUGCUGAGUAUGAUUAUUUAAAAUUAUUUUUACCAAAGUGGAUAGAGAGUGAAAAUGAUUCCGAAAAAAGGCUUCAAUUUAUAAUUGAACACCUCCGGUAUCCAGCAUUAGUUUCAAAAUAUGGAAUUUCUGAUAUCCCUACAUCCAAAGUAAAAGCAGAAAUGAUUUCUAAUGUCAUAACAGUGGAGUUUGUAUGUCCAGAUCAUCCAAAUCAGCCUAGAGGAAUUAAAAGAAAACUAUUAAAAGAUAUGGAAGUUCAAAAAGUUAUUGGACUUGCACAAAGACUUUUCAGAACUGGAGGAAAAAUACCAAGGCUCUCAUUUAUACAACAAAAUCUUUCUAAGGAUGAAAUACUUUUGGAUAAACCACUUCAAGAACUCAGCUAUUAUUCAAUACAAGAUGGAGACCAAGUUAUUGUAAGGUGGUGAUAUUACAUGAAUUGUUCAUAGAUAUAAUUGUAUUUUGUACACUGUUAAAAUUUCA